AUGGUUGGUAUUAAUAUGGAUAUGAUGAAUACUGAGAAUGGUAAUAACACUAGCAUUGAGAAUAUUAUCGCUGAUGAAUUGAUUACAAUGGAUCAACAAACUGAAACCAAUAACUGCAACAAUAAUAACCUUGAUAUUAAUUCUAGACUUUUUUUAUCACGUUUCAGCAUUACUGAUGAUGCAAGUCCAACACCUGUUCCGCAAACAAAUAAUACCAUCGAAACUACAGUUCAUUUCGAACCAACUCACAGAGACAAUAAUUUUGAUAUUGAUGCUAGACUUUUUUAUUGUGGUACAGCAUCACCAAUUGUUCUUAACGCUACAAGUCAUGGAGAAAAUCAAAUUGAUAUUUUUUCUCGCCAUUAUUACGGUGACCAAAAUGCUGAUCAAAGAUUCGACUUUUGA